AUGAGGCUUCAAUCGGUGCUACUCUGGAUUUUCUGCUUCAGCCUGGUUCUAGCAGUGAAAGAGUACCUUUUCAAGAACUGUGACAAUUCAGGAUUCUGCCAUCGUAACAAGCAUUAUGCUAAUCAGAUUAAAAGUCUCGGUUCAGCAUUUGUUCCUCACUAUGCCAUUGACCCUUCUUCUGUUCAUUUGCAAGAACUGGGUCAAGACUUCCAUAUCGCUGGUACGAUAAUAAAGAAAGUUCCCAAUAUUCCUGAUCUACAAGUGGAGUUGCCGAUUACGGUUUCGUUGCUUGAAGGGAACAAUGUCCGAGUGCAGAUUGACGAAUCGGGCAGAAACCAAAUCACUGUGAAGAAUAAAUAUGUAAAUCAUCGCAGAUACAACGAGACGGGGCAAUGGGCUUUUGCAAGUGAAGAAUUGCCUUAUAUUAGUAAGAAGGACGUCAAACUUGACAUUUCCAGUGAUAAAUUGUCUUUCACGUAUGGACCUGCUCAAGAGUAUACGGCGGAGUUGCAAUUUUUGCCAGUUAAAUUGACGAUUUCCUAUAAGGACGAGCCUCAAGUUGUAGUUAACGAUCAGAACUUUCUCAACUUGGAGCACUGGAGAGUCAGAGAUGCUAACGCAGAGCAUCUCAGUGAUGAGCAAGUAGAUUUCGACAUGUUCACGGACAGCUUCGGGGAUUCAAAGGAAGAUAAGUUGCCUUUGGGGCCAGAAUCCAUAGGACUUGAUUUCACCUUCAAGAACUACAAAAACUUGUAUGGGAUUCCUGAGCAUGCUGACUCGUUGAACUUGAAAGAUACCACAGGCUCGAACCAGCCGUACCGUCUUUUCAACGUUGAUAUCUUUGAGUAUGAGACUGACUCCAGAUUGCCGAUGUAUGGAGCAAUUCCGUUGCUAUUGGCUGUGAGACCCGAACUCUCUGUUGGUUUAUUUUGGAUCAACAGUGCUGAUACUUUCGUUGAUUUAGAUAAAAAUUCAGAUUCUGGCGACUCUAGGACUCACUGGAUCUCAGAAAACGGUGUUAUUGAUUUCAUGAUCAUCGUAGAUAAAACACCUGCUGCCAUUAACAAGAACUACGGGUUGAUUACUGGUUACGUCCAAUUACCUCCGCUAUUCUCUCUAGGAUACCACCAAUGUCGCUGGAAUUACAACGACGAAAAGGAUGUAUUGGAAAUAAACUCCUUGAUGGACAAACACAGAAUUCCUUACGACACCAUUUGGUUGGAUAUCGAGUACACCGACUCCAAGAAAUACUUUACGUGGCAGAACGAUGUUUUUCCUGACCCAGAAGGUAUGAUGAAGGAAUUGGACGCUACUGGGAGGAACUUGGUGGUAAUCAUCGACCCACACAUCAAAACAGGCUACCCUGUCAGCGACCAGUUCAGAAAGCAGAAAAUUUGCAUCAAUGAUGCUACCAAUACUAGCUACUUAGGCCAUUGCUGGCCCGGAGAAUCUGUUUGGAUCGAUACUUUGAAUCCUAAUGCUCAAGCUCUUUGGGACUCUCAGUUCGUAUGGGACAAAAAGAACAAAUUCACAGGAGGUUUGUCCACCAAUCUUCAUAUCUGGAACGAUAUGAACGAGCCCUCGGUAUUUAACGGUCCAGAAACAACUUCUCCCAGAGAUAACUUACACUACGGAGGAUGGGAGCAUCGUUCUGUUCAUAACAUCUACGGUUUAAGUUACCAUGAAGCGACCUACAAUUCGUUAAAAAAACGUCAAUCACAUACCACGAGAGAAAGACCAUUUAUUCUUACUAGAUCGUACUAUUCUGGAUCUCAGAGAACGGCUGCUAUGUGGACUGGAGACAAUAUGUCCAAAUGGGAGUAUCUACAGAUUUCGCUUCCAAUGGUAUUGACCUCAAAUAUAGUCGGUAUGCCUUUCGCGGGAGCCGAUGUCGGAGGAUUUUUUGGAAACCCCUCGAAGGAAUUGCUUACCAGAUGGUACCAGGCUGGAAUCUGGUACCCUUUCUUCAGAGCACACGCGCACAUAGAUUCAAGGAGAAGAGAACCCUGGGUGGCAGGGGAACCUUACACUUCUAUCAUGACAGAUGCUGUCAAGUUGAGAUACUCGUUAUUGCCCAUGUUGUAUACUGCGUUUUACGAAUCGUCAGUUUCAGGCAUUCCAAUUAUGAAGCCUGUUUUCUAUGAAGCUCUUGACAAUUUGGAAAGCUACUCGAUUGAAGAUCAGUUUUUCGUAGGAAAUUCCGGUUUGUUGGUUAAACCCGUUGUAGAGAAGGAAGCAGAUGACAUCGAAAUCUAUCUUCCGGAUUCUGAGGUCUAUUACGAUUUCACCAAUGGAAACAUCACCGGCGAUAUAACUAAGUUUCAAUUGAACAAACCUGGAUAUGUCAAGAGGGCAGUAACUUUGAAUGACAUUCCAGUUUUCUUAAAAGGUGGUUCCAUCAUUGCACAAAAAAACAGAUACCGUAGAUCUUCCAAGUUGAUGGUCAAUGAUCCAUACACAUUGAUUGUUGCACCAGACUCGAACGGAAACGCUAAUGGAAAGUUGUAUAUCGACGAUGGUGAAUCAUUUGGCUAUACCAAGGGAUUGUCAGCCAAGGUUUCAAGUAUAGACGUGAACUAUGUUGGUUCGUUGUCGAGUAUUGAAAUUGAAAAGAUUGUUAUUAUUUCCCAACCACAGUCGCAGAUUAACAAGUUGAUUAUUCAUAACCCAAAGUUGAAGGUUGCUGCAGAUUGGAGUGCUACUUUCGCUACUGAUGUUGAGCAUGACGAGUUGUGA